GGGUUUAUGGUUAUUGAUAAAACUCGGGAAAUGAAUGAAGGAAGAUAUAGAUGUGGUUUUCAUACUUUUAUUAAAAUAAAAUAAAUGUAAGUAUAAAUAUAAAUAUAAAGUAUAACUGAAAUUAUAUACAUUGUGUUGUCAAUAGUCAUACGAUACAGUUAUAUUCACAUUAUUAUUUGAAAUGAUUAAAGAAAAAGUUUUAUUGGAAAAUUUAAUAACCUCAAAAAAAAAUAUAAAACGAAAAAUAAUGGAAAUGAAACGUGGUAUCAUAGAUUCCGACAACUAUUUUCGUGAAGCAUUUAAACCAAUAAUAGAACCAUUGAGCAACCAAACAGAAAAGAAUACACAACCGGCUGAUGAAAUAAAACCGGAAACUUCAGACGUUAGUGAUGAUGAUAAUGAUAACGAAUUAAAUUCAUCAUUUUCAAAUUUUUUCAAUAAACGUCCUACAUCAAAACGAUAUGAUAAAUCAUAUGGUAUGUAUUAUGAUAAAGCCAGUGAUUCAUAUAAAAUAGGAGGCUACUCUGUAACUUUUAGUCAUGGUAACUUACAGUUAUUUAAUAAAUACUAUCCAUGGACUGAAGGACUAUGGUCUUUACUAUGUGAGAAAGAACCAAAAAAUACAACUCUACAAGAUAUGGAAUCUUAUUACGACAUUUUAAAAACUUCACGAGCUCAUUUAAAAGCAGAUGGGAAACCUAAAACCUUAAAGUUUCAUAAAUGGACGAAUGUUGUAAAACCUGUAUACGAUAGAAUGAAAAAUGAGGAAAAGCAAUUAAACGAAGAAAUAGAUAAAAUUAAUAACUCAAGAACUCCUCGAUUAAGUUUAGCACAAAUUACCGAUCAUUUAUCUAGAUCUAACACUAAACCAAACAGUUCUAUGACUACAGAUCCAAAGAAUGAAAAAAUGUUUAAUUUUACUGCAACCCCAAAGGUUAAGAGAGGUUCUGGUUUAUAUAAAGAUGUAAUACCUCAAACACAAUUAGUUUAUUAUGACGAUCCGAAUGAACUAAAGAAUUACGCGAGAGAAAUAUUAUAGUAUAAUGACAAUCUUAACCAGUUUAGCUGAGGAGUUACAUGGACCAGCGAGAAAAAUAUUUCCUAGACGAAGCGUAGUAACACGGUUUAAAGAUGAUCUCUGGCAAGCUGAUUUAAUAGACAUGCAACCACAUUCUAGACAAAAUAAUGGUUUUAAAUUCAUUUUAAUUAUUAUAGAUACAUUUACCAAGUAUGUGUGGGUAGAA